GAUGCCUUACCUCCUGGGCAGCAUUUGCACUAUCAUUGGGGUCUUCUACAAGUAUGCAAAGCGGCAUGGCGACUGCUCCACCCUGAACAGGAGGGAGAUGAAGCGACUCAUCUUGAAGGAGUUUGGUGAGGUCAUCAAGAACCCUUCUGAUCCUGAGACGGUUGAGAUGACCUUCCAGUUGCUGGACAUCAAUGGGGACAGCUUGGUGGACUUCAACGAGUACUUGCUGCUCAUCUUCAGAGUGGCCAAGGCCUGCUACAGCCACCUGCAGCCCAGAGAAUGCCUCCUUCAGCAGGGAGAAGCCCGUAGAGCCUUACGUGAAAGGGAAGCUCGAGGGGAAGGACGAGACGAUCGCCAUCUAAGGGAGGAUGAAAGGGAAGGAAGCUAUGGUCGCGAGAGGCGGGACUCUGACCGCACACGACUUCAUCAGCUGGAAGCUGUCGCUAGAGACGAGGGGAGAAGAGAAUCCUUUCCACGGGAGGCUGUUGCCCGAGGAGUUGAGAGGAGCCGUCAUGCUCGUGAUCAGGAGUUGAGGGAUGAUCGUGGGAGGGACCGUCCAUCCCAUGAGCCUCAGGAUUCAGAAAAUGAGCAUGAGGACUGGCCACGUAAGUCCGAAGAGCAGGCAGAUGUGGGGACUCGUCAGCAGCCUCUUGGAGAUGAGCCACGUAGGAGUGACGCUGGCCGUCGUCAACUAAGACGUAGAGAACCAGAGAUGGAAGAGGACCAUCGGCGCCAAUCGCGGGAGCGUGUCCAGAGAGAAGAUGGUGAAAGACGUCCUCUGCUACGUGAUCCUCGGCUACGGGAAGGGGGUGAAAGUGAGCGAUAUUCCCAAGAGGCCACACAAAGAGACGAAGAUGAGAGGCGACAUCAAGCACGAGAGACUGAGCGUCAACUGGAGGAGGAAGAGGACCUGAGAAGGCCACAUGUGUCUGGACCACGGAUAGAUGAAGAAAGCCACAACCGUCGACGUGCAGUACAGGAAAUCAGAUCUGACUAUGGAAGAACUCGCCCAUCCCGUGAACCCCGCGAACGGGAAGAUGCAAGGAGGGACGAUUACGUACGUGAAGCUGAGCGGAGGUCUAGCAGACGUGACCAGCGUGUAUCUGAUGCGCGCAGGGAUCAAAGAUCUGACCGUGAACCAGUAGACUAUGAUGAUGAACGCCACUCAUUUCCUAGAGAGGGUGAGAGGAGAUCUUGGUCCCGUGAUGCAGAACAAGAGCAGAGAAGGUCUCAGAUGCCUGAGGAAGAAUACAGAGAGAGACCCAGGUCUAGUGAUCCUGACUACAGAGUGGAUGAGCAGAGAAGACGAUACACAGCUCAGUCUAGAGAGGCUGAGCUCCAUGAGCCUGAUGUAAGAGAAUCUGAACGGAGGAGGCGCCAGCCUGUGGAUCAAGACGAGUGGAACAGACCUUAUCCACGGGAGUCAACCACAAGAGAAGAGCUUGAAGACCAGCGAGGGUCUCGUGAUCCAGAACGCAGAGAGCGUCAGUGGAGUGGGCUCCAUCCUUACGAACGUAAACCUACAGAUGGUGAGAGGAGAAGGCCCCAAUCUCGUGAGUCAGAGCUCAGAGAGGGUGACCGGAGGAGGUCCCAAAGACAUGCACAAACCCCAGAAGAUGGCAGGAGACGGGAGCAGUACCAUCAGGAUGACGCCCAAGAGGAGGAGAAUCUGAGGAGGAGGAGACCCCUGUCUGGUGACCUUGAACCUCGUGACUAUGAAUCCUGCAGGCCUCAAAGACGUGAACGAGAUCCAAGAAGUGAUGGUCAGAGGCGGCAGCAGUAUUAUGACCCUGAGCCUUUGGACAGAGAUGUUGAGAGGAGGAUGCCAGAAGCCCCAGAAUCUGCUCUACGAGAGGGUAGCCGAGGAAGGCAGCAGUAUUCUGACCCUGAUACCCAAGAAAGAGGGAGCAGGAGAAGGCCACAGUCACGUUAUUCUGAGUCCCGGGAAGAUGAGAGAAGGAGACCUGAGGAGGCUGACUUCAGUGAUGAUGAGAGGGAAAGGCCCCAGGCAAGACAGUCCCUUUCUAGACCAAGAGAAGACAACAGGUGUUAUCCAUCAGUAGGCAGCCGAAGGGAGUGUGAUCGGGGCAGGCGACAGGAAUACAGUGGCCAGAGGCGCAAUGUUGACCAAAGUGGCGAUGAACAGGAGAGGCGGGCCCCAUUGCGUGACACUGAUGCUGCAGAUGAUGAACAAUGGCGAUCCCAGUCACGUGAUAUUGAGCCAAGAGAUGGUGAGCAGCAGAGGAGAACCCAGUCACGUGACACUGAUGGCCAGAGGCGCAGCCAGAGGUGCAAUAUUGACCAAAGUGAUGACGAACAGGAGAGGAGAACUCCACUGCGUGACACUGAUGCUGAAGAUGCUGAGCAAAGGCGAUCCCAGUCACGUGAUACUGAGCCAAGAGACAGUGAGCAGCAGAGGAGGACCCAAUCACGUGACACUGAUGGCCAGAGGCGCAGCCAGAGGCGCACUGUUGACCAAAGUGAUGAUGAACAGGAGAGGCGGGCCCCAUUGCGUGACACUGAUGCUGCAGAUGAUGAACAACGGCGAUCCCAGUCACGUGAUAUUGAGCCAAGAGACAGUGAGCAGCAGAGGAGAACCCAGUCACGUGACACUAAUGGCCAGAGGCGCAGCCAGAGGCGUACUGUUGACCAAAGUCGGGAUGAACAGGAGAGGCGGGCCCCAUUGAGAGACAUUGAUGCUGAAGAUUCUGAGCAAAGGCGAUCCCAGUCACGUGAUAUUGAGCCAAGAGACAGUGAGCAGCGGAGAAGAACCCAGUCACGUGACACUGAUGGCCAGAGGCGAAGCCAGAGGCGCACUGUUGACCAAAGUGAUGAUGAACAGGAGAGGAGAACUCCACUGCGUGACAUUGAUACUGAAGAUGCUGAACAAAGGCGACCCCAGUCACGUGAUACUGAGCCAAGAGACAGUGAGCAGCGGAGGAGAACCCAGUCACGUGACACUGAUGGCCAGAGGCGCAAUGUUGACCAAAGUCGGGAUGAACAGGAGAGGCGGACCCCAUUGCGUGACAUUGAUGCUGAAGAUACUGAGCAAAGGCGAUCCCAGUCACGUGAUAUUGAGCCAAGAGACAGUGAGCAGCAGAGGAGAACCCAGUCACGUGACACUGAUGGCCAGAGGCGCAGCCAGAGGCGCACUGUUGACCAAAGUCGUGAUGAACAGGAGAGGCGGGUCCCAUUGAGAGACAUUGAUGCUGAAGAUGCUGAGCAAAGGCGACCCCAGUCACGUGAUACUGAGCCAAGAGACAGUGAGCAGCGGAGGAGAACCCAGUCACGUGACACUGAUGGCCAGAGGCGCAAUGUUGACCAAAGUCGGGAUGAACAGGAGAGGCGGACCCCAUUGAGAGACAUUGAUGCUGAAGAUACUGAGCAAAGGCGAUCCCAGUCACGUGAUAUUGAGCCAAGAGACAGUGAGCAGCAGAGGAGAACCCAGUCACGUGACACUGAUGGCCAGAGGUGCACUGUUGACCAAAGUCGUGAUGAACAGGAGAGGCGGGCCCCAUUGAGAGACAUUGAUGCUGAAGAUGCUGAGCAAAGACGAUCCCAGUCACGUGAUACUGAGCCAAGAGACAGGGAGCAGCGGAGGAGAACCCAGUCACGUGACACUGAUGGCCAGAGGCGCAAUGUUGACCAAAGUCGGGAUGAACAGGAGAGGCGGACCCCAUUGCGUGACAUUGAUGCUGAAGAUACUGAGCAAAGGCGAUCCCAGCCACGUGAUAUUGAGCCAAGAGACAGUGAGCAGCAGAGGAGAACCCAGUCACGUGACACUGAUGGCCAGAGGCGCAGCCAGAGGCGCACUGUUGACCAAAGUCGUGAUGAACAGGAGAGGCGGGUCCCAUUGAGAGACAUUGAUGCUGAAGAUGCUGAGCAAAGGCGAUCCCAGUCACGUGAUACUGAGCCAAGAGACAGUGAGCAGCGGAGAAGCACCCAGUCACGUGACACUGAACAAAGAGACAGCCAGCAAAGGAGAACCCAGUCACACUACAGUGAUACAACAGAUGGUGAGCAGAGAAGAACCCGAUCAGGGGACCCAAGGUUUGAUGGACAGCAAAGAAGAGCACCGUCACAGGACACCGAUGCUACAGACAUUGACCGGCGGCAAACCCAGGCCCGUGGCAGUGACCCGAGAGAAGGCGAACAGCAAAGGAGACCCCAAUCGCGUGGCGCUGAACCAGCAGAUGUUGACCAGAAGCAGACACCGACACGUGAUGCUGACCCCAGAAAUGAUGAGCAGCAGCGUCGAGUCGUGUCACGGGACACUGAACAAAGCGAUGGAGAGCAAAGGCAGACUCAGUUGCACAGUGUGGAUGCCAGGAUUGCUGCUGCAAGAGAUGGCAGGCAGCAAAGGAGAACUCAGACCCGUGAUGUUGACUCGAGAGAUGCUCAACAGCAGAGGAGAAUGCAGUCAAGUGACACUGAACCAACAGACGGUGACCAGAGGCAAACCCAGACCAGAGGCCACGACCACAAGAGCAGGAAGCUGCAGAGAGGGUGCUGGGAAGGCAGAGGCCAGCUGAGUCUGGAGAAACUCAACAAAGACCAAGUGAAAGGGAGAGAGCCCAGUCACGUGAGCCUCAGCGGAGCGAUGGGGAGCAAGGCAGAGCACGCCCAGGUGGGCCCGUUCCAAGACAGUCCACAAGAAGUCUGUGUGGACCAGAACGGAGCAGGGCUGAGAGAAGCCAGCCACGUCAACCGGAGCCCCAAGAAGGAGACUCAAGGAGGCAACAGACUCAAGACCCUGGAUCCACUGAUGGCAAAACCUCCCAGCCUCGUGAGCCACAGGCUGCAGACCGCCAGCGAGGAAGACCCAACACAGAACCCAGAGCUGAGGGCAAAUCUGAAGGGAGAGAAGGGGCUCGGGAACAACAAUCUAGGGCAGCCGAACAAUGGCAAAACCCGGUUCAGGGUGUGUCCUGCAAAGAAGAAAGUGGCUGCCCUGGGUCGAUGGAACGACAGCCGGAGGAGGGUGACCGAAGCAGCCCACAGGCCCGAGAAGCCCAACCGCCAUUGGAGGAGGUUGGCGAGCCUGGCGCAGAAAGACCACCAGGAGGCGCCGCGAGCGAGACCAACCCUGAACCCAGCUCCCAGGAGAAGCCGGGUUUUCUGUGUGGCGACAAAGUGCCGCUGGUUUGCAACCCGCUCUAUCAAUAUCUCCUGGCCCAGAAGAAGCAAGAGCAGCCAUAGGCAACCCGGGAAAGAUUCAGGCUGA